CGCCGGAGUUGCGCCUCGGAGCUGAGGGAGGGACAAGGAGGAGAAGGGCGAGUUUUGCCUGUCCUCCACCUUGAGGGGCCCGGGAAAAUCCUUGGUGCGGGUGGCCAGGUGAUAGUGUUCCCGCCACCUCGCACGCGGAGGGAAGGUGGGAAGCCAGGAAAUAAGGAGGAGAAACGGAGCCAUGCUGAUCUCAGAAAGAGCGACGGGACCUUCUUAGCCCUGCCAGAGCCACGGAGGUCACCCUGGACAGUGUCACUUGGUGGAGGAGAAGGACUGUGAAAACUUGGUUGAGAGCCAGGUAGUAGCCACUUGCCUGCCAUUGCCAAGCCAAGUGGCAGCCCAGAACCCAGGAGCAGCAAGUGGCUACAGGUCCUAGACACAGAGAGGACAUGAAUGUGGGGGUGACCUCCCCCGCGCCCCUCCCCACAGCCACAGACCCAAGCAUGGUAAAACCUGCCUUCUCCCUUGUGGACUACGUGGUCUUCAUCCUGCUGCUGGUUCUCUCCCUCGCCAUCGGGCUCUACCAUGCCUGUCGUGGCUGGGGCCGGCACACCAUCGGGCAGCUGCAGAUGGCCAACCGCAAAAUGAGCUGCCUUCCCGUGGCACUGUCCUUGCUGGCCACCUUCCAGUCGGCCGUGGCCAUCCUGGGCGUGCCGUCUGAGAUCUACCACUACGGGACCCAGUACUGGUUCCUGGGCUGCUCGUAUGUCCUGGGGCUGCUGAUCCCCGCACACGUCUUCAUCCCCGUCUUCUACCGCCUGCACCUCACCAGUGCCUACGAGUACCUGGAGCUCCGAUUCAAUAAAACUGUGCGAGUUUGUGGGACCUUGACCUUCAUCUUUCAGAUGGUGAUCUACAUGGGGGUGGUGCUCUAUGCGCCGUCGCUGGCCCUCAAUGCAGUGACCGGCUUUGAUCUGUGGCUCUCAGUGCUGACCCUGGGCAUCGUCUGUACCGUCUACACCGCCCUGGGUGGGCUGAAAGCAGUCAUCUGGACAGAUGUCUUCCAGACACUGGUCAUGUUCCUAGGGCAGCUGGCGGUCAUCGUCGUGGGGUCGGCCAGGGUGGGCGGCUUGGGGCAUGUGUGGGAUUUGGCUUCCCGGCGCGGCCUCAUCUCUGGGAUCAACCUAGACCCAGACCCUUUCGUGCGGCACACUUUCUGGACCUUGGCCUUCGGAGGUGUCUUCAUGAUGCUGUCCUUGUACGGGGUGAACCAGGCUCAGGUGCAGCGCUACCUCAGCGCCCGCACGGAGAAGGCUGCCGUGCUCUCCUGCUAUGCGGUCUUCCCCUGCCAGCAGGUGGUCCUCUGCAUGGGCUGCCUCAUUGGCCUGGUCAUGUACGCCUACUACCAGGAGUAUCCCAUGAGCACACAGCAGAGUCAGGCAACCCCCGACCAGUUUGUCCUGUAUUUUGUGAUGGAUCUCCUGAAGGACUGGUCAGGCCUGCCCGGACUCUUCGUCGCCUGCCUCUUCAGCGGCUCCCUCAGCACCAUAUCCUCCGCUUUUAAUUCCCUGGCCACUGUUACGAUGGAAGACCUGAUUCGACCCUGGUUCCCGCAGUUCUCAGAAGUCCAGGCCACCAUGCUUUCCAGAAUCCUUGCCUUUAGCUACGGGCUGCUUUGCCUGGGAAUGGCCUAUAUUUCCUCCCAGAUGGGACCAGUGCUGCAGGCGGCCAUCAGCAUCUUCGGCAUGGUGGGGGGGCCGCUGCUGGGACUCUUCUGCCUCGGCAUGUUCUUUCCUUGUGCCAACCCUCCUGGCGCCAUUGUGGGCCUGCUGGCUGGCCUCAUCAUGGCUUUCUGGAUCGGCAUUGGGAGCAUAGUGACCAGAAUGGGCUCCGGUAUGGCAUCCUCACCCCUUAAUGGGUCCAGCUUGUCCCCGUCCAGCAACCUGUCCACCAUCACCAUGACCACGCUGAUACCCUCAACCACCCCCUCCAGGCCCACGGGGCUGCAGCGGCUCUACUCCCUGUCGUAUUUAUGGUACAGCGCUCACAACUCCACCACGGUCAUUGUGGUGGGCCUGGUUGUCAGCCUCCUCACUGGGGGAAUGCGGGGCCGGACCCUGGACCCUCGGACCAUCUACCCAGUGCUGCCGAGACUCCGUGCUCUCCUGCCUGUGUCCUGUCGGAAGCGACUUCACUACAAAAGCUACAGCCAGGGCCCCUCUGUGGACACCGCGGGGUCCCCGGAGAAGAUGAGCAAUGGGACGCUGAAGGGCUGCGGCGACAAGGAGGCCGUGGCCGUGCCUGAGGAGGGCCCAGUCUGCCAGGGCAGCAGCCCCACCUUCACCCUCCAGGAGACCUCACUGUGACGUGGACUCGAGAACCAGCCCUAGUCUCCUCUGUGGUACAGGGAGGGCCUAGUUGAUGUGUUCUGCAGGGACUGGAUGACCUAGCUUGCACCAAAGGACCUUGUGCCUAGGGGUCUGUGCUGCGGUAGAAGCCUCCAGGGAAAGGGAGGUAUGAGGACAGGACAGGACAGGACUUUGCCAGGAAAGAGGAUAGCAGGGAAAAUGAUAAUGGCUUCUGGGAAUCCCCUGGGAAAAUGGUAAUGGCUUCUGAUGGAACUCCACCAAGCUCUCUGAAGUGGAUGGGAACCGCAGUGCAGGUUCCAGCUGCCGUGGGGCCUGAUCUGACAAGAGUGACCGCCUCUUCCCUAAACUAGCUGUUGCUCCCCUCCUGUCCUCACCUAAAUACAGAUCCUGUCUGCCACUAAGGGCCUCUGUGACCCUUAUGUUCAGGUUGUCUGUGACACCCAAACCCCCUCAUUCUUACCUGUCUACCUCCAUUUUUGAGAGGGAGUUUUUGGUGUUCCUGGGAGGCCUUUUUGGAUAGACGGAUACAUUCGUCUCCUUUGUGUCGAGUAGGGGAAGCUUUCCACCUCACUGCCCCAGCCCCACCUCUGAUGGGCACUUGGGGAUGGGGCAGAUGUUGAUCCAAGAAACCAGGCAUGACCAGGUGCACUGUGAAAUACCCAUCUUGACCUCUGAGCCACACUGCCCUAGUACCAUUUUGUCAUUUGUGCUCCUGUUAACGUUCGGAGUUUCUCCCCCACAUACCUUUGUUCCUAGGGAAUAAAAACUAACAUCGGAACUGGAAUCUGGGCUCCUGUGCUGUCUGCAGCUGCUCUUGUCCACCCCAGCCCCAACCCUGGAGAGGUCAAGAGCCCUCAUUUCCCACACAUAGAUCUGCUAAGGAGAAGCAAGACUAGCUGUGGCUCUGUGGUGUUUACAGUCAUGUCCCUGGUGUGUCUGCAGGGGGCAGCAUUCUGCUCAUCAGGGCGAAGGAUGCGCACUCUCUCCACUUGCUGCUUCUCAUCCCCUGUGGCUCAGUCUGUCCCCUUGUUGAGUCCCAGGAAUGAGAAGCAGCAAAGGGAGAGAGUGCAUUUCUUCACCUGCUGCUCUGAGAUUUUCACUUUUGAGGGUAGAAGAAGAAUGCUGCUAUUUGGCUUUACAAAUAGAAUAUCAAUCCCUGGCUGGUGUGGCUAGAUGGAUUGAGUGACGGCCCGCAAGCCAAGGGGUCGCUGGUCCGAUCCCAGCUGGGGCACACGCCUGGGUUGCGGGCCAGGUUCCAGGUCGGGGACGUGCGAAAGGCAAUCGAUCCGUGCAUCUCUUGUACAUUGCUGUUCCUUUCCCUCUCUCUUCCCUUCACCUCUCUAAAAAUAAAUAAAAUCUUCAAUUACA